UCCUUAACGGGAUAAACCACCCAGCAAUGGUCGUUAUACAGACACUUCACUGCAUCACCUGCCACCUCUAACCAAACCAGAAAUAACCCAAAUCCUAAAUUCUUCAUCAAUGAAAGCUCUACUCCCCACGAAAACCUUAACUUCAUCUCUACUCAAAACCCACGUCCUCAUAAAAUCUCCUCUUUAUCGCGCUAGUUUCAGUCCCCGCCUCCACAUUCUACGCGCCAACAAAACUCUCCGUUUCACCAUCACUUGCAAGCUUAAUACCUCUAAAGAUGCCGCAGAAAAGGCAAAGAACAUCGCUAAGAAGAUUGCUUUACCAGAUACUGCGCCAUCAGUAGCGGAGAAGAAGGAUGGGAGCAAUGAGAGCGUGGAGGUUCCGACGAAGCGUGGUAAUUCCGGUGGAGUUUUGGGGUUGGUGAAGAGGUUUCCUAGAAGAGUUUUGGCUGUUUUGUCUAAUUUGCCUUUGGCUAUUGGGGAAAUGUUCACUGUUGCUGGUCUUAUGGCUCUUGGUACGGUGAUUGAUCAAGGUGAGGCCCCUGAAUUCUACUUCCAAAAAUACCCAGAAGAUAAUCCAGUUCUCGGAUUCUUCACGUGGAGAUGGGUUCUCAAUCUUGGGUUUGACCACAUGUAUUCAUCCCCCAUAUUUCUUGGAAUGUUGGCUCUCCUUGCAGCAUCACUUAUGGCUUGUACGUAUACAACCCAGAUUCCCCUAGUUAAGGUUGCAAGAAGAUGGAGCUUUUUACAUUCAGCUGAGGUUAUCCGAAAGCAGGAAUUUUCUGAAACCCUGCCAAGAGCAUCAGUUCGAGAUUUAGGUGUUAUUCUGAUGGGAGCUGGAUAUGAGGUGUUUCUAAAAGGCCCUUCGUUGUAUGCCUUUAAGGGGUUGGCUGGAAGAUUUGCUCCUAUUGGAGUACAUUUAGCAAUGUUGCUGAUAAUGGCAGGUGGAACUCUUAGCACUGGGAGCUUUAGAGGUUCAGUCACAGUUCCACAGGGGCUGAAUUUUGUGGUUGGAGAUGUCUUAGGCCCAUCCGGUUUUCUCUCCAUCCCAACCGAAGCUUUUAACACAGAAGUUCAUGUUAACAAGUUCUAUAUGGACUACUAUGAGAGUGGAGAGGUAUCACAGUUCCAUACUGAUCUCUCACUAUUUGACCUCAGUGGGAAGGAGGUUCUCAGGAAAACAAUUAGUGUAAAUGAUCCCUUAAGAUAUGGUGGGAUCACCAUCUAUCAGACGGAUUGGAGCUUUUCAGCACUACAGAUACUUAAGGAUGGUGAAGGACCAUUCAAUUUGCCUAUGGCUCCUUUACAGAUCAACCGAGAUAAAAAGCUUUUUGGGACUUUCUUACCAGUUGGGGACGUAAAUUCUCCUGAUGUCAAAGGAAUAUCAAUGUUAGCUCGUGAUCUACAAUCAAUUAUCCUGUAUGCUAAAGAUGGGAAAUUUGCUGGAGUUCGACGACCAAAUUCCAAGCUCCCUAUCGACAUUGAUGGUACAAAAAUUGUCAUUCUAGAUGCAAUUGGCAGUUCUGGUCUUGACUUGAAGACCGACCCAGGGGUGCCAAUUGUGUAUGCCGGAUUUGGUGCUCUUAUGCUGACAACUUGCAUCAGUUACUUAUCUCAUGCACAGAUAUGGGCAUUACAACUAGGAAAUGAAGUAAUUGUCGGAGGGAAGACUAACAGAGCCAAAGCUGAAUUUCCUGGUGAAAUGAACAGUCUGCUUGAUCAGGUUCCUGAAAUAGUUGAAUCCUCUAUUUCCGAGCAGUCUGCUAGUACUAGUGGCUAAUUGAGGGAUCUCUGCAAGAAAAAAAGAAAUUUGUGUGACGCUUGAGGCAAACCAGUAUCCCUCCUGUCCAAUUUGAUUGUCCAGCUUGCCAAUUAGCAAGACACUUGAUCUCGGAUAACUGAUCGCGCUAGAUUCAGUACUUCAGGCGAGGAAUUGUGUUCCAUAUUUCCAGUGUGUAGAACUGUCCUACCCAGGGCUGAGAUUCCGAGCCUUGAGGUUGUAUACUACCUUUAUCAGUUACCAAGUUGCUUAUUUUCCUUUGAGAUGAUAUGCUCUCUUCCUGUGA